AUCUGGUUUGCUUAAUGCUUGUCUAAAUCUGAGCUGAGUCAAUAAAACUUUGUCCAUUGAGAGGCAGACCUUUCAGCACACAACCUGCCUUUCCCAAAAUGAAGUCUUGCAAACAUAUUUUUGUGUUGCUUUUAUUUCUCUUCUCAGUUCGAGGAGAUCUCCUUGAUGAUAACUAUGCAAGAACAGAUGGCGCAUGGAUACUUGGUCAACAAAGCCAGGUCUAUAGGACCCUCAAUAUAGAAGGAUGUGCACAGAAAUGUGAAGCUGAAACAACAUUUACUUGCAGGUCUUUUAUAUUUGCCGUCAAAGAUCAGCAAUGCAUUACACUGGCCGACAACACCAAAACAACAGUUGUGUUCAGAAGGGCAGAUGCAAUUCUCUUUGAAAAAAGAAUGUAUCUACUUGAAUGCAAAAGAGGAACUGGACAAGACUACAGAGGAACUGAAUCUAAAACUCAGACUGGAGUUGCAUGCCAGAGAUGGGCAGCCACCACUCCUCAUAUUCCCAGGUAUUCACCUACCACUAACCCUGAUAGUGGAUUAGAAAAAAAUUACUGUAGAAAUCCUGAUAAUGAUGCGAAAGGUCCCUGGUGCUACACAACAGAUCCUUCUAAAAGAUUUGACUAUUGCAACAUCCAAGAAUGUGAAGAGCAAUGCAUGUACUGCAGUGGGGAAAACUACCAAGGCAGGGUCUCCCAAACUGAAUCUGGACUUGAAUGCCAGGAUUGGGCUUCUCAGGAACCUCAUGCUCAUGGAUAUAUUCCAUCAAAUUUUCCAGAAAAGAAUCUGAAGUCAAACUUCUGCCGUAAUCCUGAUGGUGAGCCUCGCCCUUGGUGUUUCACCACCAGCCCGACUAAACGCUGGGAAUUUUGUAACAUUCCUCGGUGCACGACACCCCCACCAACCUCUGGCCCAGGGCGCCAGUGCCUGGCAGGAAGAGGAGAAGACUAUCGGGGUAACGUAGCCGUCACAGUAUCGGGGAAAACAUGCCAGGCCUGGGCAGCCCAAGAACCUCACAAGCAUGCCAGAACGCCAGAGAACUACCCUUGCAAGCAUUUAGAAAAUAACUAUUGUAGAAACCCGGAUGGAGAGAACAUGCCUUGGUGCUACACCUCUGAUCCGCAAAAAAGAUGGGAAUACUGCAAUAUUGCUAGCUGUGAUGGUGCACCAGUAGCUACUGCUGCAGCUCCUUCUGUUGCUGGGCAAACCGAACCUGUUGACGACUGCUAUCAAGGCACUGGCACAAGUUACCGGGGUACAACGGCCUUGACCAUCUCUGGAAAGAAAUGCCAAGCAUGGAGCGCUAUGACACCUCAUGUUCACACUAAAACCCCAGAAGCCCUCCCAAAUGCGGACCUGAGGAGAAACUACUGCAGAAACCCAGACAACGAUAAGGCUCCCUGGUGUUAUACUACGGAUCCCAGUACAAGAUGGGAGUACUGUAAUCUACGAAAGUGUCCUGAUCCUGUACAGCAACAACAACAGCCACAGCCCACAUUGUCACCAAACCUUGACUGUAGGACCGGUUAUGGUAAAGAUUAUCGUGGAAAGAUUGCAGUGACAACAACUGGCAAGACUUGCCAAGAGUGGCGUUUGCAGACACCUCAUAAGCAUGAUUUUUUCACACCACAGACUCACCCCCGUUCAGGUCUGGAAAAAAAUUAUUGCAGAAAUCCAGAUGGUGAUAUUAAUGGCCCUUGGUGCUAUACCACAGACCCAAGCAAAACAUGGGACUACUGUGAUGUCCCACAGUGCCCUGCUGAGGAAUAUGAAUGUGGAAAAGCCAAAUAUAAACCAGUCCUUUGCUUUGGACGGAUUGUUGGUGGAUGCAUUGCAAAUCCCCAUUCUUGGCCUUGGCAGAUUAGUCUUCGAGUAAGGUCCUUUGAUUUGCAUUUCUGUGGAGGCACAUUGAUAGCUCCACAGUGGGUUCUGACAGCCACCCACUGCUUAGAUAAAUCGUCAAGACCUUCAUAUUACAAAGUGACACUCGGGGCACACACAGAGAGAGCUACUGAGCCAUCUGUACAAGAGCGAGAUGUUGAAAAAAUAUUCAAAGGACCAAAUAGGGCAGACAUUGCCUUGCUGAAACUAAGCAGCCCUGCUGUGAUCAACGAUAAGGUCAUUCCAGCAUGUUUGCCUCCAGCCAAUUCAAUGGUAGCAGGUGGAGCAGAAUGUUAUGUUACUGGAUGGGGUGAAACAAAAGGAACUGGUGGAGAAAGCAUUCUUAAAGAAACUGGCUUCCCUGUAAUUGAAAAUAAAGUGUGCAAUCGGCCUGAAUUUCUGAACAACAAGGUCAGAACCACCGAACUCUGUGCUGGGAAUAUUGAUGGUGGUACUGACAGUUGCCAGGGUGAUAGUGGAGGGCCUCUGGUCUGUGCAGAACAAGGAAAAUAUAUCCUUCAUGGAGUCACCUCCUGGGGUCUUGGCUGUGCGCAGCCCAUGAAGCCUGGUGUUUAUGUUCGAGUUUCCCAGUUUGUUUCAUGGAUUGAAAAAACAAUGCGUGAAAACUGAGUUAUUUCACUCUUGUUGAAAGAAGCACAUACAUAUACAGAUGUAUUACACAGGAUUCAGGGUGCAAUGUUGUAAAAUAAAUUACAUGAUUGUAAAAAUGA